AUGCGAAGCUCUAGGCUUGUAAUUGCUAUAUCGCUGGCUCUUACCAUCUUUUGGGCAGAUGUCAACGGACGUCCAGCCGACUCGCUUGGUGGAAGAGCUUCCGUCUCAGAUCUCCAGAAGGAUCCGUUUAGCCUUUUGCCCAGCCGUCGAUCCAUGCCGGUCGUUGCGAACGACGUUCUAGGUCGCAACAAAGGAAGAGACCCUCCUCAGAAGGAUCAUCCUAGCGAUCCGCCUCUACGCCGAUUUCUGCGAGUCAUUCCGAGCGACCUCUCAGGCCGCACGGAGAAAAGAGAGGAGAAUCCCAGAGAUGAUGGUCACGAUCUGGGUAGACGCCGACCUCUGCAAGUGACGUCCAUUUCUGCCAAUUCAGACGGGAAUGGGCUAGAGAAAAGGCGAGAGAAGAAGACCGAAGCCAUCCCACCCAGAUGGGUCCCACCGGUGAUCAACAAUCCCUACACUGGGCUAGAGAAAAGGCUCGAGUCGGGUGGCGAAUGUGUACCGCCCGCUUGCGUGCCACCCGUGGUCGACAAUUCUUACACCAGGCUAGAGAAGCGAAAUCACGAAAGUAUCUGUCUGGACCCCGAGGGCUGUGAAGACCCACCCGAGCCCCAGAAUCGUGCUAACGAUCCUGGGACCGGGCUAGAGAAGAGGACAUAUCGAACCAUAUGUCUGAGUCCAGAGGGAUGUGAAGAAGACCCACCCGAGCUCAAGAAUCGUGCCAUUGGGGGCUACAUUGGGCUAGAGAAGCGGCUCGAGCCUAUAUGUCAAGACCCCGAGAAGUGUUACCCCCCAGUGGUAGAAACUCGUGCCAACAAGGACCACAUUGGGCUAGAGAAGCGGCUCGAGCCUAUAUGCCAAGACCCCGAGAAGUGCUACCCCCCAGCGGUGGAAACUCGUGCCAAUAAAGGCCGCACCGUGCUAGAGAAGCGGCUUCAGGGUUUUUGUCAGGACCCCGACCUGUGCAACCCGCCUGGGCCUGGCAAUGAUGCCAACGAGGCUUAG